AUGUCGGUAGCUCCCCUGCCGCAGCAGCUGCCGGCGUUGGCCGCAGGCCAGGCGCUGAAGCUGCUCGUGGCGGCCAUGGCUCGCUCACCACCGGAGGAGAUGGAAAUGGUGGCGGCGCAGUCAAAAAAGAUAGCGAUCGAGCGCCUCGUCCUGAAAGCACCUCGGGGAGACGCCAGAUGCGCUGACGAAACAUGCUAUACUGGUUUUUGCUUCGUCGUCGCUGGUUGCAGCUGCCAGUAUCCCUACUGUAGGAAGCCUCGCGUUCCAACGGCAGUUCAUGCUUGA